AUGCACUCCCCCGAGUCUCUCUACUUCCUACUGCUUGCCGGCACCGCCUGUGGCCUGCUCUGGGGCGUCGCCCUCUGGAACGGCACUGUGGCCGCUCUCGUCACUGCUGCCUGCACCGGCCGCUUCGAAGACGGCACUCCCCUCGCCACGAGCUACACCGGCCUGUCUGCCAUCGACUUCCCCGUGUCCCUGCUCGUUGCCUUCUUCUUCUACGGCACAAACGGCUCCCAUCCCGCCUUCCAGAUCUUCCUCGUCGAUGCAUACGCUACACUGCAGUCUGCUUUCGUAUGGCUCUACGCAGAGAGCUCUCGCUUUCAUUCCAAGCCCUACGCAGUUGCAUACCCAAUCAUCUGGGCCCUCUUGUGGCAAGCAUUCGGUGCCGCCAUCGCUCUUCCCCUCUUCUUCAGAAAGCACCUCGAGUGGUGCAAGAGCAAUGCGAAGCCCUUGCCAGCCUCGGAGCUUCGUCCAUCCCAAGCAUUGCCCUUUAGUUUCGCCCUCGGGGCGCUGCUGCCAGCUGUUAUCGGCAUGCUGCCGACCUGGUACCCGCGGCCCGACCAACUGCAUCAGCAGAUACUCGCAGCCUGGCAGCCCGAUCCAAUAUGGGUGGCUGUGGUCCAAGCCACCUUGACGACGGUGCUCUCACGUUUACCCACCGAAAAAAGCGACGAGAGGUCGGUUGGAUGGCUGCAGGCCUCAUACGUCAUUGCUGCAAUGUCGUCAGCAGUCGGGCACAUGUAUGCUUUCGCAACGCUGAUGCUGUCGUCGGACCCUCGGCUCGGCUUCAAAGGUGCCUAUGUCCCUUCGCUUUUUUCUGGGCCGCCAGGCGCAGCUUUGAAACUGGCGAACGGGCCCUGGCUUUUUCUUCAGUACGACCUUAUCAUCAUUUCCCUCUCGGCUCUUUCGUGGGCGUAUUUACUUGUCACUCCGAUCGUUGGGAAAGAGAGUUGGGUUCGUAACUUGCUCCCACUUCUGAUCAUGGUUGCAGGGUUCGUCUUCGGAGCUGGUACGGUCGUUUCGGUGAUUCUUUUCUGGCGGGAAGGGAAGAUGCAGCAGGAGCGACGCUCUCGCAAAGCCAACGUAGCAAAAAGGAGCGAUUAA